CUGUGGGGCACCAGCACUAAAGCAUUACCCAUCCCUUUCCUCUGGCCCCACUGACUGCACUACCUCGCAUGUGUCUCUGGCAUCUUUGGUUGGAGCUAGAAGGAACUGUUCUGCCUCCCCAAGGAACACGGCCGGCAGAAGCCACCAGGAUUCCCAAGGAGCUACCUGGCGACGCAACCAGGCCUGGGUGCCCCUCGAGAUCUUUACCCCCAGCCUCUGAUUCAGCGCCCCUGGGACGCCCUCACCCCACCCGCUGCUGGCAGAGCCCGAGCAGAGGCCAAGUCAAUGGCACCAUCCUGGAGAAGGUCCGCGGCCACCCGGCCCAGCCCCUUUCCUGCCUGUAGCCUCUGGUCUGAGGGUGCGGGAGCUGGGCCUGGCCAGGAAGCUCCUGGGAACUGGGAGAGGGGGCGUGGGGCCAGCUGAGACUGGCCCGCUGGAGGCCUGGGAGAGGCGUGGGAGAGUGACACAAAGACACAGCCAACGACUGAAAGAGACCCACCCUGGGAGACCCACUGAAAGAAAUACACACACAGAAAGCGAGGGAAACAUUCAUUCAUUCGCUCACUCAUCGGUUAAUUUAUAGGGCCUGGGCUGUGUCCCAGCAGUGCUCACGACAGAUGCAAAUCCCUGCCUCCAUGGGGACUGACAGUCUGAUGGGGACACAGCCCAGAAACACGUUAAAUGACUAAAUCACAGUGUUGGAAGCAAUAAGGGGAGGGGGGGGGCAGGAGGGCUUAGGAGCCAGACCUUUCUCAUUUGGAGAGAUUCAGGUUCCCACCAGAAUCCUGCCUUCACCUUCUCCUGAACUCGCUGUAAGCCAGGUGCGGGAUAGAAGAAAUGGAGAGGGGGCUGCGCCGCGAGUCCCUAUCUGCUGGGGAAAGGGGACUGAGGCCACCGCUGCUCUUGCUGAAGACCCCCCUAACCUGCGCUUCCAGGGUCCCUCAACGAUGGGGCGUUCUUGGGGUGCAGCCCGGAGGCUCAGCUGGAAGCCUUGGGGCGGGCGGCCCAUGGAGCCCGGGCUGCUGCGGCCGGCGCCGGUGAGCGAGGUCAUCGUCUUGCAUUACAACUACACGGGCAAGCUUCGCGGAGCACGCUACCAGCCCGGCGCCGGGCUGCGUGCGGACGCUGUCGUGUUCCUGGCCGUGUGCGCGCUCAUCGUGCUGGAGAACUUGGCGGUGCUGAUCGUGCUGGGGCGCCACUCGCGCUUCCAUGCGCCCAUGUUCCUGCUCCUGGGCAGCCUUACGCUGUCCGACCUGCUGGCGGGCGCGGUCUAUGCCGCCAACAUCCUGCUGUCGGGGCCUCUCACGCUGCGCCUGUCGCCCACGCUCUGGUUCGCGCGUGAAGGGGGCGUCUUCGUGGCGCUCGCCGCGUCCGUGCUGAGCCUCCUGGCCAUCGCGCUCGAGCGCCGCCUCACCAUGGCCCGCCGAGGACCCGCACCCGCCUCCCGUUGGGGACGCACGCUGGCGCUGGUGGCCGCCGCCUGGGGCGUGUCGGUGCUUCUCGGACUACUGCCCUCGCUCGGCUGGAACUGCCUGGGCCGCCUGGACGCCUGCUCCACCGUCCUGCCGCUCUACGCCAAGGCCUACGUGCUCUUCUGUGUGCUCGCCUUCCUCGGCAUCCUGGCCGCCAUCUGUGCGCUCUACGCGCGCAUCUACUGCCAGGUGCGUGCCAACGCGCGCCGCCUGCGGGAGCGCCCCCGGGCCGCGGGGGGCGCCUCCGCUCGGGCACGCCACACGCCGCGCUCGCUGGCCCUGCUGCGCACGCUCAGCGUGGUGCUCCUGGCCUUCGUGGUGUGCUGGGGCCCUCUCUUCCUGCUGCUCUUACUCGACGUGGCGUGCCCAGCGCGCGCCUGCCCCGUGCUCCUGCAGGCCGACCCCUUCCUGGGUCUGGCCAUGGCCAACUCGCUUCUGAACCCGAUCAUUUACACGCUCACCAACCGCGACCUGCGCAACGCCCUCCUGUGUCUCGGCCGCCGCGGCCGCUGCCCCUGCAGCAGAGGGCACGGCGCCUCCCAGGGGUCCGAGAGCGCUGCUGGGGCUUCGGGACGCUUGAGCCGCUCGCUGCCCCCUGGCUUGGACGGCAGCUCCAGCCGCUCCGAGCGCUCCUCACCCCAGCGGGACGGGCCGGACACUGGCGGCCCGGGUGCGCCCACAGCCGCCCGGACCCUGGUACCGGCACCUGCCGCAGACUGACGCCCUUUGGCCCGCCGUUGCCCUCCCUGUUUUUGCAGACUUUUCUUCUUAAAUAAAGGAAUUUGUAGGAAAAGCAGCCGAAGGUGGUGGAGACAGAAGAGAUGAAGGGAAAUGUAUUUUAUUGGUGCUAAACCCCACAGCAGUGAACAAACAAAACAGACAAGAAUCGCGGCCCUUGUGGAAUUGACAUUCUGAUGGGGGGCACGGGCAAUAUCGGAGUGGGGAAAUCAUGGAGAUAAUUCCAGCUGCAAUAUCGUGAUGCGAUGGUGGUCAGGGGAUGCUUCUCUGCUGGAGUGAUGACAUAUGAUGUAAGCUGAGCGGUCAUUGCCCUGGGGGCACUUGAAAGAAGAGCAUUUCAGGGUGAGGAACAGUAGUGCAAAGGCCCUGAGGCUGGAACAUGCCUGCGUGUUCUAUGAAAAGCAAAGAUCCCCUCACGGCUGGAGCAGCGCUGGAGGGGGUGGAUGGUGGGAGAAACAAAGGCAGGGAGAUGAUGGGACCCACAGUGCAGAGCCUUGUGGGUCCCCUGGAGGACUUUGGUUUUGCUCUGAGUGAGGCGAGAGGCAGAGGGCGGACUUGAUGUGCUUCAGCUGUUCACAGAUCUCUGUAAGGGUGAAGGUAGAAGCUAGAACAAGGUGAAGGUGCCCGCACUGGUCCAGGGGAGCAGCGAUGGGGACUCGGACCAUGUGGAUUCUGAAUAGAUCUUGGAGACAGCAGACAGGAUUCCCGAGAAAUGGAGUGUGAGAGAAAGAAAAAAAUCAAGGACAGUUUCCCUCCCCGGUUUAGAGGAGAGGAUACCAAAGACAGGGCAGACCUAAAAUUUGACUGUGGGAGACUCAGCCAGUUCCUCUCUCGGAAACAGGAUUUCUCUGAGCGUGGUGUCAGAUCCUUCGUAAAAAAAUGAAAAUAUAAUAAAAUAAGGAGAACAGUUACAGCUUAUUGCGUCUGGCUAGUCAUCCCCACAGUGGUAGGCCCAGGACGCCCCUCUCACCCUUACUGCAACCUUGCAAAGUGGGUUUCCUCACCCUGAUUUGACAGAUGAGGAAAUUCCAAGCAGUGAGUACCUUGCCUGGUGUCUGGGCUAGGAUAAUACUGACCCAGACUGUCAGGCCCCGGGGCCCUAAGAAGCGCAGGCCUGAUGUCUGGUUCUGGUGGAGGGGUGUGGCAAAGCCAGACGCUCCCUGCCUCGGUGGUCUGCAUUCUUGUCUGGGGGGGGGGGGGCCCUCUUUGUGCCCAUAAGAAGCUCCAGGCCUGCUGGCUGUGGCCACAGGAUGUCCCUAGAUGCAUUCCCGACCCUAGUGCCACAUUGCUGACCCAGGGGAGGGGCGGGGGGCUUCGGGCUCCAGGAGACCCUACAACUGCAGGCAGCCACAAAGACAGCAGUGUCUUUUGGGGGCCACUGACCCAGCCUGGAGGCCUGAGUGUCCCGCUGACUUCGCUCAGGGCGUCCCUGAAGGCCACACGCACCGGAAAUCAACCUAUUUCCUGGAACACAAACACACUCAAGGCUGGACACUCCCAGGACUGGACCUAAUCCUCCCCCCCCCUCCCACCCAACUCCCGCUGCCCCGGCCUGGCACCCCUAACCCCAGACUCCUUUAU